CUCGCAGGGUCGAUGACGGCGACGUUGAAUCUGUUAGAUUCCAUCCUUAUAUUACAAAUCAUUCCAUUUGUGGAAUUGGGCCUAAGUGAACGAUUUCAGUUAUGGAAUACAGCACCGGUCAAGAUUAUUCGCGUCGAUGCCGCGAUGCAAAAACGAUCCAAUCGUGACGUGAUUCACAUUCGUCUGAAUCAGAGUGAGGAAAUGAAACAAUGGUCGAUAGUAGUACGCGCUAAUUACUCCCAAUUAACUGUUCUUCGCGGCGCAGGGUUAUUCGUGUCUCUGGCUCAGGUGCUGACAGCAGAAUUAAAUCUUGGCAGAGUGCACGGCGCCGAGACGGCGUUGCCGCAACCGACUCAAAAAUACAGCAGUCCAGCACUUUAGGAGGCACAGACG